GAUCCAGGCCAAUCUUCUCCGCCUCUUCUUAACAAUAGAAUUACAAUUUCUGUAUUUUUUUGUUGGUCUUAUUUUUCUUGUUAAUGAUUAAUUUUGGCCCUCUACUGAAGAAUGAGUUAUGGUUGUGAUUUACAAUGCUUAUGAAUUAGGUUGUCUAUUUCUCUGAGAGUCGUUGUUAUGGAAUUAGCAUUUUAAAUCAAUUCUAUUAACUGAGAAAGAAUGUGCUGUGCUGUUGUAGACUGAUAGUUUGUUAUAAUUUCAAAUGUUUAAUCCUUAAAUUAUUUGCCUUCAUUCAAUUAUCAAUUUCCUUCCUUCCUGUCAACCUUGUUUGUGUGCUCUUUGCUUUGGCCUAUCUCACGCCACCUGGACUCGGUACGGUUGUUCUUCGCAUAUUUCUUCUAGGAUCUUACGAUUCUUGAUUUGAUGAUCCUAUCUAGGCUGGUAGAAUCCCAAAACAACAAUUCAAUUUUUUACAACCUUGCUUCCUGUUGAUAAGGAGUCAUGUUUCGUUUUUUUCGUGGUGGAGGAAAAUCUUCUUCAGCUUCUUCUGGUUCAAAGAUUACUAGAAAUGUUGCAGUCAUAUUGAGUUUAUCAGCUCUAAGCAAGAACUUGACAAAUUUUCCAGGAAUGGUGGAGCUAGAUCCAUGUGACAAUGUUGACAAAGAAUAUGAAGAGUGCAAGAGCACAACUCCAACCAGUUAUGAUGCCAAACACUCUGAAAAAAUUCGCAAAACGAAGGCAUCUUGUCUUGAACAAUAUGAGGAAUCUCUCCAGAAAAAGGCAACUGCUGCAGGUUUUGACCGUCCUAUAGAUUACGUGCGGCAUAAAAGGGAAAAGAACCCUCGAUACUGCAGAAUAUCUUAUGAGAAGUACAAGAAGUGCCUUAGGGAGAAAGAUACGAUUUGUGAAUUCAUGCGCAACAAUUGUCCCCAAUUUAAAUAGGCUACUAAAUGUUGUGAUGUUGUUCACAACUACUUCAUGAAUGUCUGAACCACACUGAAAUCUAUAAAUUAUGCAUCUGAUCGGAGACUAUUGUAUCUAUGGAUGGAGUAAUUAUCCAGUUCAACCAAUGCUUCAUUUUAUGUAGUUUUGCUAGUUAAGAGUUUGGUGUGAUAUAUUAAUAUUUAUAUAAUUUGUGUGAUUUAUAUCUAAA